AUGGUGCCCUCCGCCGCCGCAGCACUAGUCAUCAAGGUGCUGAAGGAGCCGGAGCGCGACCGGAAGAAGACGAAGAACAUCAAGCACAACGGUAACAUCUCGCUCGACGAUGUCAUCGAGAUCGCUAAGUUAAUUGACAUUAUGGAAAAUCCUGAUCAUAAUAAUGAGUCCAGAUCAAAUCCUAAACGAACUCGUAUCGAAGUGGACGUUACAAAUCUUCCCACAGAUCCUGGAUUAGCAUUUCGUGGCCAUGAUGAAUCUAAAGACUCCAAUAAUCAAGGAAAUUUUCUUGAAUUAUUAUGGUUUCUUGCAAAGCAUAAUGAAGAAAUUGAUAAGACAGUCCUCGAAAAUGCUCCUAAAAAUCAUCAAAUGACCUCUCCUAAUAUCCAAAAAGAAAUAGCAAAUGUUGCAGUUGUUGAGACAAUAAAUGUUAUUAUUAAAGAUAUUGGAGACUCAUUAUUUUCUAUUAUAGUUGAUGAAUCACGUGAUAUAUCUACUAAAGAACAAUUGGCAAUUGCUUUGAAUUAUGUAGACAAAUUGGGAAAUGUGAAUGAGCACUUUUUAGGCAUUACACAUGUUAAUAAUACAAUAGCAGUGACACUAAAGAGUGCAAUUGAGGAAGUAUUUAAUAAACAUAGCUUAAGCAUUAGUAGAUUGAGGGGACAAGGCUACAACAGGGCAAGCAACAUGCGAGAUUGCAACCUUUUUAACUUGGUUGCAAAGGUAUUCAAUAUUGUUGGAGCAUCAUGCAAACGUUGUGAUAUUCUUCGCGAAAAACAUAGUGCUGAAGUUAUAGAAGCACUAAAAAAUAAUGAAAUUCCAACUGGUCGUGGCUUGAAUCAAGAAAUGAGUUUAAAAAGGCUUGGAGAUACACAUUAUAGUUCUCAUUAUGGUGCACCUGUUAAUUUCAUUCAUAUGUUUUCUUCUGUAAUUGAUGUGAUUGAAACUAUUAUAGAAGAUGGUUUAGAUUCUGAUAAGAGAGCAGAAGCAAAUAUCUUAAUUGGUUUACUCCAAACAUUUGAAUUCGUGUUUGAUUUACAUUUGAUGAAAGGUGUGCUUGGCAUAAGUAAUGAGUUGUCACAGGCAUUACAACGAAAAGAUCAAGAUAUUAUGAAUGCUAUGAAGUUGGUUGACAUUUCAAAGCAAUGUUUACAGGUCAUGGGAGAUGAUGAGUGGAACUCUUUGGUAGAGGAGGUUUCUGCAUUUUGUGCAAAAAAUAAUAUUAAUGUUCCUGAUAUGGAUGAUUUAUAUCAACCUCGGCCAUGA